AUGUCUUCACAGAAAACACGGCCCCGCCGCAAACCUCAUACGAAAUCUAGAGGCGGCUGUACUGAAUGUAAGAAACGACAUAUCAAGUGCGGAGAAGAAAAGCCUGACUGUAGAUCAUGUAUUAUAAGACAUAUAUAUUGUUUUUACCCACACCUCAAAUCGUCAUCUGGAACCAGAGGGGGCUCACUCCAUGGCGAUGAACCAGGCUUGUCUCCAAAGGGAGAACAGCAAGCACCACCCAGCCCUUCAUCAUGGCAUUCGUCGGUUGUAUUUACACCUAAUACACCGCCACACCUUCAUGGAGUCGGCGAUUUCGAAAUGCGGGAUCUCAGUCUCUCCCACCACUGGACAGUUCAUACAGGCCGCUCUAUCAGUCAAUGCUGGUCUACCGAGAGCCCUUGUGGUGUUGACAUAUUUCGGCUCGGCGUCAAUCAUUUGUUUGUCAUGUAUGGCAUUUUGAGUGUCGCCAGCCUACACCUUGCCUCUCGCGAACCUGUUGAUUCGAAAAAGUAUCUCGAAAUAGCUGAGAUGCACCACAAACACGGGAUAGAACAGGUUCGGCAGUUGGACUGGGAGAGCAUGGACGCUUCUAGCGAUGCACUUCGAGCUUUCUCGACCCUCAAUCUUAUCUACACCUUGGCUACCUGUGGUCCGCUGGCAGGCCUCACAGGCGAUUCCAGCCCGGACAAACUCUCUAUUGGCCCACAAUGGAUACAUGAAGUCCGGGCUACUGCACCAAAGGUUGACAUGUGCCAGUAUCCGACGUCUCUCAACGAGAUUGACAAUACAAUGGACUUUGCUGCAGAAGACGAUUAUUUCGUUCGCAUACGCGAAACCUUCAGCCACGCCUCAGAUGCAGAAGUAUAUGACUCGGCUCUUCUGCUAUUGAGGCGCUGUCAUAGUCACCUUUCUGGACCCCGAAGUGGCCAUGCAAAUAACACAACACCUUGCGACAUGGACAGAUGGUAUGCGCUCGUAGACUUUCUCUGCCAUCUCUCGGAGGAGUAUAUCGAGAGGCUCCAUCAACGACAGCCGCCCGCUCUUAUCAUUUUGUCUUUCUUUGGGGCGACAUUGUCUUUGCUAGGGGGUUCUUGGUUCAUCAAGGGUUGGGCGCGCUCAAUAGUCACAACGGUCGAUAGUAUCCUAGGAAGUUAUUGGGCACAAUAUACUGAGUGGUGCCGUGACAUAGUAGCACUUCAAUUUAUUGAAGCCGACGAAUGA